CCGCUGUACGCGAAGCUCGAGGGUGCCAGUUCGAGCCAGCGAACGGGCGAUUUCUACGACGAAGAAAACGGAGCGGCAGGGCGGCCAUGCCGUGGCCCUGACCUGAGCCACUGUCCCGGCCGUGAAAGCCGACCACCCCUAGUGCCAUCCUCCGAAUUGUCGGUUCCUCGAGUCGCGCCUACGAGACUCUGGAGGCUCUCGGCAUCCCUCGUGCGGAGGAUCGCAGCGGAACUCGCUCCCUUACGCCAUGUUACAGUCUCAAUUCGAGGACUACCUGCCUUAUCUGGGCGGCGCGGCCGGUGCCCUCGUCGUCACCGGGGUGGCUUACUGGGCUUCCAGACCGACAGCCGAGAGACCACUUUUCCCGCUCGACGCUCAGGCACUUCUCUUACCGGGCAAUGAGCACAUCCGGGUGUCCAGGUUCUACAAAGAAGGCAAGGAGGGCAAGUUCGUCACCUUCCUGCACGAGGAUACGCGCACCCUCUACGAGGGUUUCCGUCGCGGCGCCAAGGAGUCCAAUAAUGGUCCCUGUCUCGGGUGGAGAGAUGGGCCCAACAAACCCUACCAAUGGCUUCAUUACAACGAGACGCUGCUUAGGGCGAAGAAUUUUGGUUCCGGCCUAGUAUCUCUGGGGCUGACCCCUGGUCAACAAACCUUAGUAGGCCUGUACAGUCAGAACUGUCCGGAGUGGAUUCUCACCGAGCAAGCAUGCUACACAUAUUCGCUCGUAGUAGUGCCAUUGUACGACACCUUGGGCCCGGACGCCUGUGCAUACAUCAUCAAUCAAGCUGACAUAAAUCUUGUGGUGUGCGAAGAUGACCAAAAGUGCAAUUUACUCCUUGACAAAGCACCGAGGUGUUUACGGAAGUUGGUGGUGGUGAAGGAGACGAGGCCAGCGACGAACCAGCGGGCGAAGAACCGCGGCGUCGAGCUGUACAAGUACGAUGACAUCGAACGUCUCGGCGCCCAGAAGAACCACCCGGAGCUGCCGCCGAAGGCGUCCGACCUCUGCACGAUAUGUUACACGUCCGGUACCACCGGCAACCCCAAGGGCGUCAUGCUGACGCACCAGAACGUCAUGGCGUCGAUAUGCGCGGUGCUGAUGCAGAUGGGUGACCAUCGGAUCACGUCCAGUGACACACUGAUCAGCUUCCUGCCGUUGGCGCAUAUGCUGGAACGCUGCUGCGAGAACGCCAUGUACAUGAUGGGCGGCUCCGUCGGCUUCUACGGCGGCGACAUCAAGAGACUGGCUGAAGAUACGAAGGCCCUCAGGCCUACCGUCAUGCCAGCUGUGCCUAGACUGCUGAAUCGAAUGUACGACAAGGUGCAAGCCGAGCUUCAAAGAUCAUUCCUAAAGAGGAUGAUCUUCAAUAUGGGUAUGCGAGCGAAGGAGACGGAGAUCAAGAAGAGCAUCGUGAGGAAAAACAGCAUAUGGGACAAGAUCGUGUUCAAGAAGAUCCAAGACACGAUGGGCGGCAAGCUGAGAUUGAUGCUGGUGGGUUCCGCGCCGCUAGCAGGGAACGUGCUCACGUUCACCCGGUGCGCCCUCGGUUGUCUUGUCAUCGAGGGUUACGGCCAGACGGAGUGCUGCGCGCCAAUAACGCUCACUAUACAGGGUGAUCACGUGCCGGAACAUGUGGGACCACCAGUGGCCUGCUGUUGCAUCAAGCUUGUCGAUGUUCCAGAAAUGGAGUAUUACGCGACGAACAACCAAGGUGAGGUGUGCGUUAAGGGCACUAACGUUUUCGUGGGGUAUUACAAAGAUCCCGAGAAGACUGCCGAGGUGAUCGAUGAACAAGGAUGGCAUCACACGGGAGACAUUGGCAUGUGGCAGACCAAUGGGACGUUGAAGAUAAUCGACCGUAAGAAACAUAUUUUCAAACUGUCGCAAGGAGAAUACAUCGUGCCGGAGAAGAUAGAGAACAUUUAUAUACGUAGCCAAUAUGUACAACAAGUAUUCGUCCAUGGAGAGUCACUGAAAUCUUGUAUCAUAGCAAUAGUAAUACCAGAUGUAGACGUAGUUAAAUGCUGGGCGGUGGAAAACGGCAUACCCGGUACACUGAGCGUCCUGUGCGUCAACCCAGAAGUCAAGAAACUAAUAUUGGAUGACAUGCUAGCGUGGGGCAAAGAAGCCGGUCUCAAAUCUUUCGAGCAGGUAAAAGAUAUUUAUCUCCAUCCGGACCCGUUCUCCGUGCAAAAUGGGCUUCUAACGCCAACGCUGAAAACCAAACGGCCUCAACUGAAAGCGUAUUUCAAGCCGCAGAUAGAGGAUCUCUAUCAAUACUUGGACUGACCAGACUGAGCGAUCGCGCCAUCGCUCGCACCAGCACUGACCGAAAAGGAAAAAGAAAAAAAAAAGAUGGUAGAGAAAGAAGCAACAAGCGCCUUUCCUCACCGCCGCCGCCGCCGCCGUUCUCUCUCUCUCUCUCUCUCUCUCUCUCUCUCUCUCUCACCGAAAUCACUAUUGUUCAUCGAAUGUUCGUUAACCGUCUCGAUACUUUUAUUAUUAUAUCAUUUUCACAGGUACAUUAGGGACGCAGAUUAAAGCACGGUUUAGGCUAAUUAAGGUAAAUGAUAACAUUAUAAGUAAUAAAAGGAGUUAUUAUUA